CAACACAAUCUUGAUCGUCGAUCCUACGUUGCAACAUAAUCCAACGGUGCAUUCGCAAAGUUCCGGCACUUCUCAGCGUCAUAGCAGAUGCCCAGCCCCCAAAAACCGCAAAAGCAAAAUUCUCACGCGCACGCAGGUACAGGGAGAGAGAGAGAGAGAGAGAGAGAGAGAAGAGCAGAGGAGAGGAUGGAGAAGGAGAGAGAGCAGCAGGUUUACUUGGCGAGACUUGCAGAGCAAGCCGAGAGAUACGAUGAGAUGGUUGAAGCAAUGAAGAAAGUUGCUAAGUUGGAUGUAGAAUUGACAAUUGAGGAGAGGAAUCUGGUGUCAGUAGGUUACAAAAAUGUCAUUGGAGCAAGAAGAGCAUCUUGGCGGAUAUUGUCUUCCAUUGAACAAAAGGAGGAGGCAAAGGGGAAUGAACAAAAUGUGAAGAGGAUAAAGGAGUAUCGGCAGAGAGUUGAAGAUGAGCUCUCAAAGAUCUGCAAUGACAUAUUAUCAGUAAUUGAUCAACAUCUUCUACCCUCCUCCACCACAGGGGAAUCCACUGUUUUUUACUAUAAAAUGAAAGGAGACUAUUAUCGCUAUUUAGCUGAGUUUAAAGCUGAUGAUGAUCGUAAAGAAGCUGCGGAUCAGUCCCUCAAGGCUUAUGAGGCUGCCACCUCUACUGCAAGCUCAGACCUGCCCCCUACUCAUCCAAUCAGACUUGGCCUGGCUCUUAACUUUUCUGUUUUCUACUAUGAGAUUUUGAACUCCUCUGAAAGGGCCUGCCAUCUGGCCAAACAAGCAUUUGAUGAAGCAAUAGCGGAACUCGAUAGCCUUAAUGAAGAAUCUUACAAGGACAGCACCCUUAUCAUGCAGCUUCUGAGGGAUAAUCUCACUUUGUGGACCUCAGAUCUGCCAGAGGAGGGAGGUGAGCAAUCUAAAUGUGAUGAACCUCAAGCUGAGAAUUAGUUGGGAUAGAAGAGAUCGAUUCUUUCAGACUGGGUUCGUUGGAGAGGAAAGGAUAAAGCUAGAGUGGCCAUUUUAGUAUUAGUACAGGGAUUGAUGGACCAUUUAUCUUGUAUCUAUUUGCUCAGAGCAGAUGCUUCCAGACUAUUGUUAUUUCAUUUCUUCUUUGCCUUCAGAACAUAAUUGAACUUGUUACUUACA